AUGGCUUUAGUACGCCAAUGCGAGGUCACAUUGUUCCUGAGUCGGAACAUCCUUUCGGCACGUGGAGAAGCACAAAUAUUCGUAGUCGCCACGGCGUUGGCGGUCUCGCGCGCCGCAGAGAAAAAAGACGCAACGGAUCUUCUGGCUCAGGAAAGCCAGCAAGGAGGAGGAGGGGGAGGAGGCGGCGGCGGCAACUGGUUCGAUGUGAUCCACAACGACGACCUAUGGAAUCGCAAUAUCAAAGACGGUCCCGCGAAGGAAAUGCUUUUGCAGAUAGAGAAGGCCCCGCACAAAGCUUUAGCCGGACCGCCUCCGAACGCUCGACCUCCAUCAAACUACCUACCUCAAGGAAACGGAUGGUCGAACAAACCUCCGCGUCCGCCACCGCAGCAGCAACAGGGAUGGGACAAUGGACCUUCGCCGAAACAGUUCGGCGGACACGGCGGUGGCGGUCAGUCUUGGCAAUCGGGUCCCGGACCGCAGGGAGGGACCGGCGGGAAAAAAGUUGUCAUCCUCGUUUCCAUACCUAGCGGGCAAGAAGGCUCGCAGGUUGGAGGAGGCGGUGGAGGCGGACACCAUCAUAAGCAAUCGGCUCCUCCGGUAGAGAUGUCACAAGAUAUCGGGAACCAGCACAACAAUGCCCCGGUCGUUUACGUCUCGGUCGAUAAAGGAAGCCACGGUGCGUCCAACGGUGGAUCAGGAUGGCAGAACGGCGGGGGUCACGGUGGUGGACACGGAGGGGGUCACGGGGGUGGACACGGAGGGGGUCACGGAGGUGGACACGGAGGUGGACACGGAGGGGGUCACGGAGGCGGACACGGUGGGCACUCCGGUGGAUACGGCGGUGGCCGACACUCGGGCGGCUUCUCAGGAGGACAUUCCGGCGGAGGCGGCGGCGGUUUCGGUGGGGGACACCACUCGGGAGGCGGACUCGCGGGCGGCGUGCCGCGCAAAGUUGUCCUGUUGUUUGUGAGAGAAAAGGCUCAGGGUCCGCUCCAGGGAGGGAACGGAGGCGGCUGGAUGCAGAGUGGCGGCUCCUUCGGGGGACGCGGAGGAGGCUACGGAGGACCAGUGCAGAAUGACGGCUGGUCGAACAACGCCCCCCAGCAAAACAAUGGGUGGACUCAGCAGCAAGGAGGCUUCUCGAAAACAGUUGGCGCGAGCUACAACGCCGCUGGACCGAAACAAGGUUGGAAGGCCGAUCACCAUCAGAACAAUAACAUGGGAUAUUUCAGCGGUCAGCCCGAAGUGAUUAGGAAUAAGAUCCAAGUUCAGGGUUGGGACCGAAAGAAUAACGACUUCCAAACAGGUUACAACAAUAAUGGGUGGGAUCAAAAGCAAAAGCAAUCCUGGAACAACCAGCAACCACCGCCACCUCCGCCGCCCGCUCCGAGACCCGGCGGUUACGCUCGUCCCACGGAACCCUUCGACGACGAAUUACCGCUCCCGCCACCUCCAAAACCCAAUAAGGACAACGGCGGCUGGCAACCGAUAGUCAAGCCCGGAGGUUGGACUCCAGCUCCGACGGUCCCACCCAAAAAGAAUAGAGAUCCUGCUUACGCUCCGAACUUCGAUAACGGAAACCGGGUCGACCAGACUGCUUUCAAUGGCCAUCAUCAGCAGCAACAACAUUACCAGCAACAAAACCACCAUCAACAACAGAAUUAUCAGCAACAAUCUCACUUCAAUCAACAGCAGCAGUACCACAGUCAUCAUCAGCAGCAUCAACAGCAGAACAACAAUUAUCAUCAUCAGCAACAGCAACAACAUCAUCAGCGACAGAAUCCUUACCCGGUCCCGGCUCCGCGCGUCCCUGAGAACGUGCCGAUCCAGCAAACGACGAAUCCCCCCGCCUACGGUCAGCAUCCGAGGAGCAUCCAAGACAUCAAGAGCGCGCAGGGAGCACCCCAGCCGCCGAGAAAAGCAUCCUCGUACUCGAAUGACGACCUGCCCGAAAUGCAGGAGUGGUCCCCGAAAUACGCGGCCGCGGCCACGAACACCAAUGACAAAGCGGCUUCGGUACCAGAGCAGAAGCCAACGAAGGAAUUGAAGAAGGACCAGAAGACGGGCAGUCGAUGA